AUGUCUUCGAAAGCCAUCCGUGAAUACGACGCGAAACUCGUCCUCGCGUACUGGUUGGAGCGUGCCGCCCCGGUCGACGCCUCCGCGCAAGUCGCGACCAAGUUUGUCUACCCCUCGCCCAAGGUUGCGCAAGUCUCUUGGGAUCCCGAGACGAACGCUAUCACGGCCGACACCCAGAUCCCUAGCUGGGUGUUCACCACUAAGCUCGUUGCCAAGCCCGAUCAGCUCAUCAAGCGUCGUGGCAAGGCCGGUCUUCUUGCGCUGAACAAGAGCUGGGAAGAAGCGAAGUUGUGGAUUCAGGAGCGGGCAGGCAAGCCGCAAAAGGUCGAGUCUGUGACCGGCACGCUCAACAACUUCAUCGUCGAACCUUUCCUUCCUCAUCCCUCUGAUGCCGAGUACUACGUCUGUAUCAACUCCGCCCGCGAGGGUGACUACAUUCUCUUCACGCACGAGGGUGGUGUAGACAUCGGCGAUGUCGAUGCCAAGGCCCUGAAGCUCGAGCUCCCCGUCAACGCUUCAUUCCCAUCCCGCCAAACCAUUGCCGACACCCUCCUCAAGCACGUUCCCGCCGCGAAGAAGGAGACUCUUGUCGAUUUUCUCAUCCGCCUCUACUCGGUGUACGUCGACCUUCACUUCGCUUACCUCGAGAUCAACCCUCUCGUUGUUCUCGAUGGCGUCAACGGAGGCCAGCCCACUAUCCACUACCUCGACAUGGCUGCCAAGCUUGACCAGACCGCGGAGUCCAUCUGUGGUCCCAAGUGGGCCAUCGCUCGUGAUCUGUCCGUCUAUGAAUCUGGCUCGCAGGCAACGACGACGAAGGGAAAAUCGGUGUCGGCCGACCGUGGCCCCCCUAUGGUCUGGCCAGCACCCUUCGGUCGUGAUUUAACCAAGGAGGAAGCAUACAUUCAGAAGCUCGAUGCCUCUACCGGUGCCUCUCUGAAGCUCACUGUCCUCAACGCCGAAGGUCGCAUCUGGACGAUGGUUGCUGGUGGUGGUGCUUCAGUCGUAUACUCAGAUGCCAUCGCCGCGCACGGUUUCGCGCACGAGCUUGCCAACUACGGCGAGUACUCUGGUGCUCCGUCAGAGGGCCAGACUUACGAGUACGCGAAGACUAUCCUUGACCUCAUGACCCGUGGCUCUCCUCGCUCCGACGGCAAGAUUCUCAUCAUUGGUGGUGGUAUCGCCAACUUCACCAACGUCGCGGCGACUUUCAAGGGCAUCAUCCGCGCGCUGAAGGAGUACAAGAACCCCCUGAUUACCCACCAAGUCAAGAUUUACGUCCGUCGCGGUGGUCCUAACUACCAGGAGGGCCUCAAGGCGAUGCGUCUUCUAGGAGAGUCGCUCGGUGUCCCAAUCAAGGUCUAUGGCCCGGACACCCAUAUUACUGCUAUCGUUCCCCUCGCUCUGGGCGUUGCCAGCAAGCAGACCAGCCUUCACUCCAUCGCCGCGACUCCCGUCAGCCCGCCCUCCCCCAAGGCCCCCUCUGCAAAGGACAUCGAGCCCGAGGCUACUGUUGGCACUAUCCACGCCGAUGGCGAGCGUACUCAGCCUCAGGACCAGAUUGUGUCCUUCGACACGAAGACCUCUCCUCAUGCUCGCCCUGCGUAUCGCCCCUUCGAUGCGCAGACUCGCUCCUUCGUGUAUGGCCUCCAGCCUCGUGCUAUCCAAGGCAUGCUCGACUUCGACUACUCGUGCGGCCGCGAAACCCCAAGUGUUGCUGCCAUGAUCUACCCCUUCGGCGGCCACCAUAUCCAGAAGUUCUACUGGGGAACGAAGGAAACCCUCCUUCCCGUCUACACCAGUGUCGCGGAGGCCGUCAAGAAGCACCCUGAGGUGGACGUCGUCGUCAACUUCGCUUCCUCUCGUAGUGUCUACUCUAGCACGCUGGAGAUCUUCGAGUUCUCUCAGAUCAAGAGCAUCGCCCUCAUUGCCGAGGGUGUCCCUGAGAGGCACGCACGCGAGAUCCUGGACAUUGCUCAGAACAAGGGUGUCCUCAUCAUUGGCCCUGCCACCGUCGGCGGUAUCAAGCCUGGCUGCUUCCGUAUUGGAAACUCCGGCGGCAUGAUGGACAACAUCAUCGCGUCGAAGCUCUACCGUGCGGGCUCUGUCGGUUACGUUUCCAAGUCUGGCGGUAUGUCGAACGAACUCAACAACAUGCUCUCCAUCAGUACCAACGGCACGUACGAGGGUAUCGCCAUUGGCGGCGACCGCUACCCCGGGUCGACCUUCAUCGACCAUCUCCUGCGCUACGAGCAAGAUCCCGAGUGCAAGAUGCUUGUUCUUCUCGGCGAAGUCGGUGGUAUCGAAGAGUACCGCGUCAUCGAGGCCGUGAAGAAGGGCGUCAUCAAGAAGCCCAUCGUCGCCUGGGCCAUCGGUACUUGCGCGAAGAUGUUCGCCACCGAGGUGCAGUUCGGUCACGCCGGCUCGAUGGCGAACUCCGACAUGGAGACUGCGGACGCAAAGAACUCGGCGAUGCGUGCCGCAGGCUUCAUUGUGCCCGAGACCUUCGAGGAGCUGCCCGAGGUUCUCAAGGCGACGUACGAGCGUCUCGUCUCCGUCGGCACCAUCAAGCCUCAGCCUGAGCGCGAGCCUCCCGUCAUCCCGAUGGACUACAAGUGGGCGCAGGAGCUCGGUCUUAUCCGCAAGCCUGCCGCCUUUAUCUCUACGAUCUCCGACGAGCGUGGUCAGGAGCUUCUGUACGCUGGCAUGCGCAUCUCCGACGUCUUCAAGGAGGACAUCGGUGUCGGAGGUGUCGUCAGCUUGCUCUGGUUCAAGCGUCGCCUCCCGCCUUGGGCCACCAAGUUCAUCGAGAUGGUGCUCAUGCUCACGGCUGACCAUGGCCCCGCUGUAUCUGGUGCGAUGAACACCAUCGUUGCCACUCGUGCGGGCAAAGACCUCAUCUCCUCUCUCGCAUCGGGUCUUCUCACCAUUGGCUCCCGUUUUGGUGGUGCGCUUGACGAGGCGGCAUCGAUGUUCUCGAACGCUCGCGACACUGGUCUCACUCCUCGCGAAUUCGUCGAUACGUGCAGGAAGCAGAACAAGCUCAUCUCCGGCAUUGGCCACAAGAUUAAGAGCGUCAAUAACCCUGAUCUCCGCGUCGAGCUGGUCAAGGAGUAUGUACGCAAGAACUUCCCUAGCCACUCCCUCCUCGACUACGCCCUCGCGGUCGAGAAGGUCACGACGUCGAAGAAGGACACCCUCAUCCUUAACGUCGACGGCUGCAUUGCCGUUUGCUUCGUCGACCUCCUCCGUGACAGUGGAGCCUUCACCCAAGAUGAGGCGGAUGAGUACAUCAAGAUCGGCACACUCAACGGUCUAUUCGUUCUUGGUCGCAGCAUCGGCUUCAUCGGCCACCACUUGGACCAGAAGCGUCUCCGCGCCCCUCUUUACCGUCACCCCGCCGACGACAUCUUCAUCAACAUGGCGGACGUCGCGCAGCCGCGCGUGCUCGGCAAAAUGGCAUGA